AUGUCCGGCGACGACGACUCAAGCGGCUGGCAACUAACCGAGUCUGACCCCGGCGUGUUCUCGGAGCUGCUCAACACACUCGGGGUUCCCCUUGUGGUCGACGACCUAUACUCGCUUGACGCCACAGUGCUCUCCGAGUAUCAGCCCAUCCGCGCCCUCAUCUUUCUUUUCAAAUGGGUCGCCGGCUCCUCGGGCGAGCCCGCCAGUGGCGGUCAGUACGACACGGACUUCCCCGGGUUCUUCGCCCAUCAGGUCGUCAACAACGCCUGCGCCACGCUCGCCGUGAUGAACGCGAUCGCGAACGUCCCUGGUGUGCAGAUGGGACCCCAGUUGUCGGAGCUGUUUAGCUUCACCGCCGGCAUGGACCCCCAGACGAGCGGCCUCGCGAUCACAAGUUCGGAUUGGCUUCGGGAAGCCCACAAUGCAUUGUCGCCUCCUUCCGCGAUUUCCUUGGAAGGGCUUGGGCUCCCGAAAACGACAGAAGACGCCUAUCAUUUCGUCGUCUACAUCCCCUAUGCGGGCUCCGUAUACGAGCUCGACGGGCUCAAGCAGCUCCCCGUGCGCCACGGAGCAUACUCCGACGCCGGUGAAGGUUGGCUUGCUAAAGCGAGAGAGGUCAUCGAAGCCAGGAUAGCGACCUACCCACCCGGCGCACUCGAAUUCAGUCUCUUGGCGGUGCACGACGACCCGCUCCCACACCUGCAGGAGCAGCUCGCGCAGCUGCAAGUCGCCGGCAGGCAAGCCGAAGCUUCCGACCUCAUGGUCAAAUUGGCGAACGAGAACGCGAAACGCGAGAAUUGGGCGUUCGAGAACGGCCUCCGGCGUCACAACUAUCUAGGUUUCAUCCACGCCCUCCUGCUCGCCAUGGCAAAAGCAGGGACGUUGAACGCCGCCAAAGAGGGCGCUCAAAAGGCUCUUCAAGAGCGAAUAGAGCGGCGGAAGAAGGGCGAAGGCGACGGGGAAUCUAUGGACAACUAG